CCCCCGCAGUAUUAAUUUCAGGAAGAAACAACACCAACUCUGUCUUCGGCUGCUGCCGCAAGCGUUUCAACWUAGAUAAAACAUUCCGAAACCUCUACUUUUGCUCAGCCAAAACUCGUCUUCUAUGUAGCCACCGAUCUUCCGGACCAGCCAGCCGUCUUGACCCGGUUCGAGACCAGAGAAUAUGGACUGGCGAGUGAACAACCAGGUUCUGGUGUGCUGCGUUUUAGCACUGCUUUGCUACGCUGGGCACCCACAAACGGGGCUUUGCAGUGCCAGCACAGUGUCCCUUCCUGAGAACUUGCUCUUUGUGUCUACUUUGGAUGGAAACUUGCACGCUGUCAGCAAGAAAUCAGGCUCUAUCAAAUGGACUCUGAAAGAAGAUCCAGUUCUUCAGGUUCCCACGCACGUAGCAGAGCCAGCAUUCUUGCCAGACCCUAAUGAUGGCAGCCUGUACUCUCUGGGAGGGAAAAACAGCGAAGGCCUCACUAAAUUGCCGUUCACCAUUCCUGAGUUGGUCCAAGCCUCGCCCUGUCGCAGCUCUGARGGAAUACUUUACAUGGGUAAAAAGCAGGACUUGUGGUAUGUGGUAGAUCUGCUGACGGGUGAAAAACAGCAGACUCUGACUUCUUCCUUUGCUGAGAUGCUUUGUCCUUCUUCAUCUCUUCUCUACCUGGGACGCACAGAGUACACCAUAACCAUGUAUGACACAAAGAGCKGAGAGCUGCGCUGGAAUGCUACCUAUUCAGAUUACGCCUCCACCCUUCCUGACGAUGACACCAAAUACAAGGAGGCUCACUUUGUGUCCAAUGGUGACGGGCUCGUCGUGACCGUGGACAGCGAGACCGGAGACAUUCAGUGGGUCCAGAACUACAACUCUCCCGUGGUGGCCAUGUACAUCUGGCAGCGUGAGGGUCUCCGCAAAAUCCCACACACGAACGUUGCUGUUGAAACGCUGCGUUACCUCACCUUCAUGUCGGGAGAAGUUGGCCGCAUCACUCAGUGGAAAUAUCCAUUUCCAAAGGAGACCAAGCCCACAAAUAAAUUCAUGGCCACCCUGUAUGUGGGUAAAUACUCUACAAGUCUGUAUGCGUCUCCCUCUCUGGUGCACGAUGGAGUUACUGUUGUGCCUCGCGGCAGAACUUUCCCCCUGCUGGAAGGCCCUGACAGCCAGGAGACCGAAGAGGACAAGGAGUGCGUCAUCACACCCAGCACCAGAGUGCACCCCAGRGCUGGGCUUCGUGAGCGGAACCGGAUCAACUUUAUGAGAAACUACCUGCUCCUCAUCGGUCAUCAUGAGACCCCCCCUGAUGCUCACAUGAAGAUUCUGGAAAAGUUCCCUGACAGCCUCCCUCGUAAUGGAGGCAACGUCAUCCCACCAACAACUGACAAGAAAGUAGAGGAGAAGGUCAAUGACAGUGGUAUGGAUGAUCGAACAUCUAUCCAGGAGCCUGGGACUCGGACGCUGCGUCCAGAGGCCCCUGUGGACUCCAUGCUCAAAGACAUGGCCAGUAUUAUCUUCUCCACUUUCCUCUUGGCUGGCUGGGUGGCUUUUGUUAUUAUCUACCCCAAAAGUGUGCACAAGCAGCAGCAGCUGCAGCACCAGGAGUUCCAGCGGCAGAUGGAAGAAAGGUUGGAGCUGCUCCAGAAGCAGCAGCCCUUCUCCCCGGCAGACGUGGGGUCUGCAGAGAGCGACUACCUGGAGGUGACCCGCGCUCGCUCCGAUUGCUCAGACCACAGCAGCCCUAACGUCACCCCCCGAGCCUCCAACCACUCCAACAUGUCUGUGUCAGAGCUGGGGAGCUCAGCCAAUGAGCACGAAGAAGGAGAGGAUGAUUUCAAUGUUGUCAGAGUGGGCAACAUAACUUUCCAUCCAAAACACGUCCUGGGCCACGGCGCUGAGGGAACUAUUGUGUACAAGGGGCAGUUUGACAACCGUCCAGUGGCGGUGAAGAGAAUUCUCCCAGAGUGCUUCAGCUUUGCAGACCGAGAGGUUCAGCUGCUCAGAGAGUCUGACGAGCACCCGAACGUGAUCCGCUACUUCUGCACGGAGAGAGACKGGCAGUUCCAGUACAUCGCCAUAGAGCUGUGUGCUGCCACACUUCAGGAGUAUGUGGAGAGAAAGGAUUUCAGUCAUCAUGGACUUGAGCCCAUCACUCUCCUGCAGCAGACCAUGUCAGGACUAGCCCACCUGCACUCCCUUAAGAUAGUCCACAGAGACCUUAAACCUCACAACAUUCUGGUGUCCAUGCCCAAUGCACACGGCAGAGUCCGGGCCAUGAUCUCAGACUUCGGCUUGUGUAAGAAGCUGGCAGUGGGGCGUCACAGUUUCAGCAGAAGGUCCGGGGUUCCCGGCACCGAGGGUUGGAUCGCUCCUGAGGUUCUCAGCGAGGACUUCAAAGACAAUCCAACUUGUUCAGUUGAUAUCUUCUCCGCUGGUUGUGUCUUCUACUACGUGGUGUCUCAGGGCAAACACCCAUAUGGCAAAUCUCUGCAGAGGCAAGCCAACAUCCUACUGGGCACAUACAGCCUUGACUUACUGCAAAGCAACAAGCAUGGGGACAUUGUAGCUAAAGAUUUAAUAGAACAGAUGCUGAGCAUGGAUCCUCAAAGAAGACCUUCAGCUGAAAGUGUUCUCAAACACCCUUUCUUCUGGAGUCUGGAGAAAGAGUUGCAUUUCUUUCAGGAUGUGAGUGACAGAAUAGAAAAAGAGCAGCUGGAUGGACCAAUCGUGAGACAGCUGGAGAGGGGAGGGAGYGCUGUUGUGAAGGGUGACUGGAGGGAGCACAUCACAGUCCCACUGCAGACCGAUCUGCGGAAAUUUCGCUCCUAUAAGGGUGGUUCAGUCAGAGACCUGCUGCGUGCCAUGAGAAACAAGAAACAUCAUUACAGAGAGCUGCCUGUGGAGGUGCAGGAGACUCUGGGCUCCAUUCCUGAUGACUURGUCUCAUACUUCACGUCCCGUUUUCCACACCUGCUCAUGCACACCUACCUGGCCAUGCGGACCUGUGCACCUGAGAGACCGUUUCUGCCUUAUUACUCUCAGUGUGCACACCAUGAGCCACAAAGACAAACCGAGCCGUGCACUCAGCACCUACCAACACACAUAUCAGAACCUURGUUACAACACCAAGACCCUUCACAUUCACAUCAGUCUGUGCCGUCCAGCCACACACAGACCGCUGACUCAGUGCCCUCGUCACCACACGAGCCUGUUGCUUCACAGUCUCCUGUUCYGACGGUGCAGCCAGCAGAGCAAGGACCGUCCAAGCAGACUGACUGGAACAGUCUAAAGACAAACUCCAUGCUGGUGUCAGAACCGCCUUCAGUUUCUCUCAGGCCAUCAGAUUCUGGUCAGCCUGUCGUGCCCACAGAUGCUCUGAACAGUGAAACAGUGUAAACUUGAGCACAGUAAGGUGGACUCAGCACAGGUUGGGAAUGUAGCCUUAAAGAGUCCUGGAGGAGUCUGUUGCUGUGAGCAGGUGAGGACCAGACCUGCAGUGUCUGGGAUCUACCUCRGAGCACAGCAGCUGGAUUCUAAAGUGCCUUCUGCUGACCUGGAUUCAAAUGAUCCCCAAUGUGUUUCUGCACAGAAACAACAAASGUGUUGUUGUUUUCUUUGUAGCUGGACUGAGAGGAUAAAAGUUUUUAUUGUUAUUGUGCCCGAAAACAUGUCCAUAAAUGUCUGAUCUUUGCUCUGGGAAAUGUGUGCAAAUGAUGUUGGAACAUUUGGAUAGUUUUUAUUGUGCAAUGUUGUGUAUUUCUCAGUGAGUCUAUUUGCUGCACAGAAGCUGUUUUGUAUAAAUUUAAAUCAUGAAUUGCUCAAUAUGAUGGCCAGUGUGCCUUUUUUAGUGGCUAACAAAACUCAUCACUGUGCUGUCUGGGUACAGAUCUUUGAAACAGACUAUGCUUACCAUGCUUGAAUCCAGUUAAUGCUGCUAAAAUGUUUCUGUUUUGUAAAUCAAAACUGUUGUGCCGACUCGGUAAGAGUGAACCGUUCCAAAGUCUGUUCGGAGUGACAUCUGAACACAACAUAAUUAAAUUAAUUAUCACGUGUGUUUUCUUAUGAGUUCAGAAGUAGGGCCACAAAAUGUUAAUGUAUAAAAAAUGUUUUAAUGAUUAUCAAAAUGAAAUUGAUUACUUGCACAUUAAAUUCUAUUUUGUUUUUUACUCAUA